AUGUCAAACGAACCAGAGGGAGAGUUUGAUCCUUUCGAGUUGGAUCCCAGUGAAGUUUACACGUUAGAAGAUUUCCUUGCCGAGGAUGAAAUAUUAGAUGAAUUUGGAAGGAAGAUCGAAGAGAAUUUGAAGGUUGCAAUCGAUGGAGAAGCAUCGAAUCCACCUCGCCGCAGACGCCUCUCCGGAAUCAGGAGAGUUAUUCCAAGGAAUCGACAAGGUGCGCAUGAUGAUCUUGUAGCAAAUUAUUUCUCUGCAAAUCCUAUCUACACCGACGAGAUGUUCCGUAGGAGGUUCCGUAUGAGAAGGCCGCUUUUUCUUCGCAUUGUGGAAAAACUUGGUGAGUGGUCCUCUUAUUUUACACAGCGAGCAGAUGUCACUGGUAAAGAUGGCCACUCACCACUCCAAAAGUGUACUGCGGCAAUUCGGAUGCUUGCAUAUGGCAGCUCAGCUGAUCAACUUGAUGAAGUUUUGAAGAUUGGCACAAGCACGGCUUUAGAGUGUUUGGGAAAUUUUGCCAAAGGGGUGAUAGAAUGCUUUGGUCCAGAGUACUUGCGUCCUCCAAGGAGUGACGAGCUAGAAAAUAUACUUCAACAAAAUGAGUCUCGUGGUUUUCCAGGGAUGAUAGGAAGCAUUGACUGUAUGCAUUGGGCUUGGAAGAAUUGCCCAAAAGGUUGGGCCGGCAUGUUUACACGUGGUGACAAAGGCGUUCCUACUAUGAUUCUUGAAGCAGUUGCAUCACGAGAUCUUCGCAUAUGGCAUGCUUUUUUUGGUACUGCCGGAUCUCAAAAUGACAUUAAUGUAUUGAAUAAGUCUACACUGUUCAUCGACGUUCUAAGAGGAGAAGCUCCAAAGGUACAUUACACUGUUAAUGGGAAUCAAUAUGAAACUCCAUAUUAUCUUGCCGAUAGGAUAUAUCCAGAGUGGGCAGUCUUCGUGAAGACUAUACAUCUUCCUCAGUUAGAAAAAGACAAAUUAUUUGCACUACGUCAAGAAUCUACAAGGAAAGAUGUUGAAUGCGCGUUCGGUGUGCUACAAUCUCGUUUUGAUAUUGUUCGCUGACCAGCACGUUUAUGGAAGAGGAAGGAUGUUGUGAACAUAAUGCAAGCUUGUGUUAUACUUCAUAAUAUGAUAGUCGAAGAUGAAAAAGAAUCGGUUACAAUUCCGUUGGACUUGAACGAGAAUCCAAGUCCAACUAUUGUGCUACCACCGGAAGUGCGUACUAGUGACAAUCCUAACCCCUGCUUCGUGGAGGUGCUACAGAGAAACGCUGCUCUCCGUGCUCGCUCAACUCAUACUCAGCUUAGGACAGAUUUGGUUGAACACAUAUGGCAACACUAUGGAAACAAUCAAAAUUAGAUUGACAUGAAGCUAUGUAUUCAUACUAAUUGUUUCCUAUUUUGCAAUGUCAUUUCAUGAUUCGGGUAUCAAAUGAUAUAAUUAUAAAUUAUAUUAUGUUUA